CGUCCGUUUAAAUAUACAGCUAGCAGCCAUUGUGUGUGGAAAUAGUUAUGAUUGACAGGAAAUAUAAUUACGAGCGUAACGCGGAGCCCGUUAAAAUGAUAAAGAGAAGAGGGGGAAAGGCUGACGUAAGGUGAUGAGAUUCUGGUGGUUGACGCCUGCGCGGGAUACACUGCCUGGAACCGUUGGAGAGAUUAGCAAGAAACUGCGCCUGUAGUGCGCCUCAACGGGGCGCCAUAUUGGCUCAAAUAAGGCUAAAAGAAGUGUGCGGGCCAUUUUUUCCCCUUCGUGGCCAUUUUGGCUCUGGAAAGACCACUUGUCUGGACGACAGAGGGAGGAGUCUGGCAUUUCUGGAAGUCGGAAAAAAAAAACAGCCAGGCAAAGCCAGUCAGCAUCUUAGGCAACGUAAAACGCGAGAGCAACGAGUGGGUUUUAUUACGAUAUUAUUUUAAUAUUUUCCAGCACAAGCGGUCUAUGCAACAGAGAAGGCUGUGGACAUGAUCGCGAAGGGUUUAAUCUGGGUUCAGGAAACUGAAGAACGCUGCAGCCCGAGCUCAUAGCGUUUUUUUUUCUCGAUGGGGAUAAGAUAAGCCAUCUGUGAUACACCAACCGGUGAUUCUGUCGACUGCUAGCUCGCAUUAACCUAGCUUGCUAACCCUUCUCGAGAGUCCCGUUAGCUUGCGGCGAAAGGCAGCAUCUCGGUCGGAGAAGGGGACGUGUCUGUGGAUGCUGCCGUGUGCACAAUAAUCUCCACCAGUGAGGUACAAACCCGAGGCAAUGUUAGAAGGGGUGUUUUUCUUCAAACGAGCAAGGAAGUCUCCACGCCCUGGGGUCUCGUCUGUGGUUACGGUUUAACCAGCCCACCAGGAGCGGAGCUCGGGAGAAGGUGGGGCCGAAGACUGACAGCCUGGGUCGCCAGCUAAAUGCGGCUAACCGGCCAAUUCGGUCUGUUUUAGUGGCAAUUUGUGUUCCCGUUUGUUUUAUUUUUUUAAGGGGUUAGCAGCUGCGAGUAUCCUGGCACAGUAGUAAUCUCACAUAACAAAGAAAUUAAGCUGACAUUGAUUACUUCCAAACCCCCGUGGGUGGGAUUUCGUCUGGAGAGCAUCCCAGCUUACCUAGAUGACCAUGGCGGACGACGACGUGCUUUUCGAGGAUGUGUACGAGCUGUGCGAGGUGAUUGGCAAGGGUCCCUUCAGUGUGGUGAGGCGGUGUAUCAACAGGGACACGGGCCAGCAGUUUGCUGUAAAGAUCGUCGAUGUGGCCAGCUUCACGUCCAGCCCUGGCCUCAGCACAGAAGAUCUGAAGCGGGAGGCCAGCAUCUGCCACAUGCUCAAACACCCCCACAUCGUGGAGCUGCUGGAGACCUACAGCUCCGAUGGCAUGCUCUACAUGGUCUUUGAGUUCAUGGAUGGUGCAGACCUGUGUUUCGAAAUCGUUAAGAGAGCGGAUGCAGGGUUUGUCUACAGUGAAGCUGUGGCCAGCCACUAUAUGAGGCAGAUAUUGGAGGCCCUUAGGUACUGCCAUGACAACAAUGUGAUUCACCGAGAUGUAAAGCCUCAUUGCGUGCUUCUGGCUUCAAAAGAGAACUCUGCUCCAGUGAAGCUGGGAGGAUUUGGAGUCGCAAUCCAGCUGGGAGAGUCCGGAUUAGUAGCUGGAGGUCGUGUUGGCACGCCUCACUUCAUGGCCCCGGAAGUGGUGAAGAGGGAACCUUACGGUAAACCUGUGGACGUGUGGGGGUGUGGAGUCAUCCUCUUCAUUCUGCUCUCUGGCUGCCUGCCUUUCUAUGGCACCAAGGAGCGCCUGUUCGAGGCCAUCAUUAAGGGCAAAUACAAGAUGAACCCACGCCAGUGGGCUCACAUCUCAGAGAGCGCCAAGGACCUGGUGAGGCGCAUGCUGAUGCUGGACCCCGCAGAGAGAAUCACCGUCUACGAGGCCCUGAACCACCCCUGGCUGAAGGAGAGGGACAGGUAUGCCUACAAGAUCCACCUGCCUGAGACGGUGGAACAGCUGAGGAAGUUCAACGCCAGGAGGAAGCUGAAGGGUGCAGUGCUGGCUGCUGUUUCCAGCCACAAAUUUAACUCCUACUAUGGGGACCCUCCCGAGGAGCUGCAUGACUUCUCAGAUGACCCCACCUCCUCAGGACUGCUAGCUGCUGAAAGGGCAGUAUCCCAAGUUUUGGACAGUCUAGAGGAGAUUCACGCGCUGACGGACUGCAGUGAGAAAGAUAUGGACUUCCUGCACAGCGUCUUCCAGGAUCAACACCUCCACACCCUGUUAGAUCUUUAUGACAAAAUCAACACCAGGUCGUCCCCUCAGAUUAGAAAUCCUCCAAGUGAUGGAGUUCAGAGAGCCAAAGAGGUACUGGAAACCAUCGCCUGUUACUCAGAGAACAUGGAAGCCAAGGAGCUCAGGAGGAUCCUCACACAGCCACACUUCAUGGCUCUACUGCAGACCCACGAUGUGGUGGCCCACGAGGUUUACAGCGACGAGGCUCUGAGGGUCACUCCCCCACCAACUUCACCUUACUUGAACGGAGACUCCCCGGACAGCACCAACGGGGACAUGGACCUGGAGAACGUGACCAGGGUCCGACUGGUCCAGUUCCAGAAAAACACAGACGAGCCAAUGGGCAUUACUCUUAAAAUGAAUGAACUCAACCACUGUAUUGUGGCCCGUAUCAUGCAUGGUGGAAUGAUUCACCGACAAGGGACGCUGCAUGUUGGCGAUGAGAUUCGAGAGAUUAACGGCAUCAGUGUAGCUAAUCAGACAGUAGAACAGCUUCAGAAGAUGCUGAGGGAAAUGAGAGGCAGCAUCACUUUUAAGAUUGUACCCAGCUACCGCUCCCAGUCAAUGUCAUGCGAGAAAGAGUCACCAGAUUUGUCUCGCCAGUCGCCUGCAAAUGGUCAUGCUAGUGUCACCAGCUCGAUCCUGGACUUGCCUUCAACGAUUCAGCCCAAAGGCCGUCAGAUUUAUGUACGCGCUCAGUUUGAAUACGACCCAACAAAAGACGACCUCAUCCCCUGUAAGGAGGCGGGCAUUCGCUUCCGGGUUGGCGACAUCAUCCAGAUCAUCUCCAAGGAUGACCACAACUGGUGGCAGGGGAAGCUGGAGAACACCAAGAACGGCACGGCGGGCCUCAUCCCGUCGCCCGAGCUGCAGGAGUGGCGUGUAGCAUGUAUGGCAAUGGAGAAGACCAAGCAGGAACAGCAGGCCAGCUGUACCUGGUUUGGCAAGAAGAAGAAACAGUACAAAGAUAAAUAUCUGGCCAAGCACAAUGCAGUGUUUGAUCAACUAGAUCUAGUGACGUACGAGGAGGUCGUCAAGCUGCCAUCAUUCAAGAGGAAAAUGCUUGUUUUGCUCGGUGCACAUGGAGUUGGAAGGCGGCACAUCAAGAACACACUCAUUGCCAAACACCCCGACCGCUUUGCCUAUCCAAUUCCUCACACCACUCGGCCUCCUAAGAAGGACGAGGAAAAUGGAAAGAACUACUACUUCGUGUCUCAUGACCAGAUGAUGCAAGACAUCAGCAACAAUGAUUACCUGGAAUACGGCAGCCAUGAGGACGCCAUGUAUGGAACCAGGCUGGAGACCAUCAGGCAAAUCCAUGGUCAGGGCAUGAUCGCCAUCCUGGAUGUGGAGCCGCAGGCACUAAAGAUCCUGAGGACAGCAGAGUUUGCUCCGUACGUUGUCUUCAUCGCAGCUCCUAACAUCACUCCAGGCAUGACUGAGGAUGACUCCCUUCAGCGGCUCCAGAAGGAAUCGGAGAUGCUCCAGCGAACCUACGCUCACUACUUCGACCAGACCAUCAUAAACAACGAGAUCGAUGACACCAUCCGCCUGCUGGAGGAGGCUGUGGACUUGGUGUCCAGCACUGCUCAGUGGGUUCCCGUCUCCUGGGUCUACUGACAAACAUCCCCUCAUCACCAGUCCAACAGGGAAUCUGAACUUUGUUGGUUCCCUGGCUCACGUGUCUCAUUUCUGUAGAUAAACUGUUGUUUCAAAAGUGGGAAAUGAAGAACAAUGACUGCACAUUUCAUCCUGCCUCCCACCCAUCUUUCUCAAUAGCCUAAAAGGCUCACUGACAUGUACAUAUAUACAUAUAUGUGUAUAUAUAAAUGAUAAACUACAUGAAUAUGGUUCUGUCCUCAUAGCUCAAGGUGGGGAGUGGUGGAGCAGUGUAGUAGAUAUUUUGUAAUUUUCUUUUGUAAUCGAUGGAUGGAUGGAUGAAAAUAUUGAAAAGGCAAUAGCAAGCAUGAACAUAAAACAGUCCUAUGGGGUUGCCUGCGUGUGUGUGUGUGUGUGUGUGUGUAUGUGCGCGCGUUGGCCUUUUAAAGGCACUUCUUGUGGUAAUGUGUGUCCAACAUCACCCCAGUCCCCUCGGCCUCUGUGACAAACAAGCCGGUCGUUGAAGCACAUCAGAAGCUGCUACAGUGGCGACGACUCCCUGAGCUCUCAGUGUAGGUUUGGUUGAAGGAAAAAAGCACUGCUAACAAGUCUCUUUGCCCCCCCCCCCCCCCCCCCUCGCUGUCUAUUUAUUUCAAUGACCCUCUGUGCCUUUCAGCUUGUUGAAGGAGCACACUGCAUCCCUCUUUGUUGCCGUUGUUUCAUGCCUCCACUCACAACCACUGACGGCCUCUUGUUUACAUGUCGGUUUUGCACAAAAUGGACAAUGAGGUAAAAGAAAACGUACAUUUUGCCACCUUAGCUUUGAUUUUUAUCCUGCCCACAUAACACAAUCAGAAGGUACGGAAACACAGCAGGUUCUUCAGACACAAUCAGCAGAGGAAAAGCACCAACUUUAACUCAACUGGGCUCCAAAAACUGGAAGAUGACCCAAAACCCUAAGGGGAAAACUGCCUUAUCAGAGCCUCGAGGGGGGGAGGGGAUGUUCUUACCACCUAUGCACACCCCUGGUUUCUGCCAGGCAGACUGCCACAAUGACUUUCUUCUAGCCCAACAGAGAGCCAUGCUUGUUAAAACAAGGUCUAAGUGAAAGAGCAGAGCCUCAGCCCUAAAGCCACCGAUUCAGAACUGUUACCUGUCGUCUUUAAAAAUAUGAAAACUAUUCUUGUUUUGGGGCAAGAAAAUAAUUUUGUGUGUAAAUGUUUCAAUGGUGCGUACGUCAUAUGAGUGAAUUACCAAGAGCCAGUGUAUAUUAUCCCUGAAAAGAAGCUCAGUAUGUGACAUAAGUUUCUCACACAGCUCUCUCCUGUCCCACCUAAAGUCAGCUGAAGGCCUGAGAAAAUCAAAUCUAAAGAGUUAUUUUAAUCUGUGGUGUAGCAGCUGUUUUUGGCCACUUUUGGUAAGGUUUUAUUUCAUGUCCUGUGUAAAUGACCUCUGCAACAACAGAAGCAGCUCUGGAAAAAAAAAAAAAAAACAUGUUCUUUUUGUUAUUUCAUUUUUAAAGAAAAUAUAUUUCCUUUUACGUGUUUAAAGUAAA